AUGUGCGUAUAUUAAAGGGAAGUGAAUGCAGAUACCCAUGAAAGGCGAUAGGAGCCUGUAAAAGUUCGCAGUACUGCCAAGUGUCUUCGUGCAAGACGGUCGAGGUUAUCGUAAUGAAGGCACCCACGUUAUCUGGAUUUAUAGCGGUUCUGCUUAUCGUGCACUGUAGCGACGCUCAGUUCAAAGACCUAGAAGGAUGUAGCCUCAGCGAUCUCGAAGCCUGCGGAACAGACUACGUUGUUUAUGCGAAUACUACGCAUCUAGCAACCGGAGGAGAAGAACUCAAAGAGCAAUGCAAGUUGUUCCUGGACCAGUUGACGUGCUCAGAUAAGCUCUGCGCACGCUGUCUCAUCGGAUUCCCCCGCGUAGUGUCGCUGGUGGGCCUGAGAAACGCUCACGAGUUCUUCGAAGAAUCUUGCACAGAUGGGGCACCUCUGUACAAAGACUACCAGAAGGUAAUUGGAUGCUUAAACGAAGCAGGAGCUAAAAUCCACGAGCGCGUGACGGACAUUCGUCUUAGGCUUCACACCAUUACCAAGACUAUUCCACCAAAGCAAAAGGUGGACUACGCUUGCUGCGCUUAUUACAACUUCAGACAAGCCACGGGGGACGUCAUCAAGUCCGAGUGUCCCGCGCCAGAAGUGGAAAAGUACUACUCAUCCCUGAUGGACAAAAGCUUCGGAGAACUGUUAGGCCUGGCCUGUGGGGAGCACACGCAGGGCUCAAGGGCAUGCAGAGAACUUGGCGAAGUCGUCCCGCCGGAGUCACUGACACCCGAAGAGGCAUCGAGCUUCGUCGGCCCUAUGAUUGACAUUAUUCAUUCGCUGACUCACAGAUCUGCCUGAACAGAUGGCGGCGUUAUUCCUCCUAUCUUGUCUACCAUAAGGGGAUAAGACCCAUUAACUCGCGCUGUACGUAUAGCAGCCAAUGUUCAUCCACUAGGGCUGUUGCCCUAUGACAUAUCAAGUGUCUCGUGCGGCAUGUAUUAUUUAAAAGACAGUCCCGGUUCAAGAACGAUUUCUUUGACAUCGAAUGACCAGUUCUGUAGGGCCGAGAGAUUUCAUAGUGAACUACUCGUAGCUGUCUUCAUCCGGGUGGCAGUCUGUGGAUCUGUCUUUACCAUAUCCACCAACAGAACUAAUGCUGUUUUUCUGGACACUUGGUAUAUUGACAUUGCUGAUGGAGUGCACGAAAUAAGCGCGUGCACAAAGGAAUCCGAGAGGAGUUCCCCGAACAUUUUCCUUGUGUCCGUAUUGCAAAAUAAAAUAUAUCAGUUUUGACUGUCA